AAUUAGAAAAAUCAUGGCUACUGCCACUGGUCUCUUCUUCCUUACAACCUCUGCCUUUUCUGUUACCUCUAAACGGCCCUCUGUUUCUCUUUUUGUCAAUAAAGUUCACUCUUUUCGACUCAGAGCAGCAAAUAUAGAAGGAAGUGAAAUUGAAGGAAAAGAGGAAGUGGGUAUCAGUGAAAAGAAGAAAAUAUUUGUUGCUGGUGCGACUGGGAACACUGGGAAGAGGAUUGUUGAACAGCUUCUGGCAAAGGGUUUUGCUGUUAAGGCUGGGGUUCUUGAUGUUGACAAGGCUAAAUCAACCUUACCGGGUCAAAACCCUGAUCUUCAAAUUGUGAAAGCGGAUGUCACAGAGGGAUCAGCAAGACUAGCUGAUGCCAUUGGGAAUGAUUCAGAUGCAGUAAUAUGUGCUACAGGAUUUCGGCGUUCACUGGAUUUUUUGGCUCCAUGGAAGGUUGAUAACUUUGGCACAAUAAACCUUGUUGAAGCAUGCCGAACACUUGGUGUUAAAAGAUUCCUCCUUGUUAGUUCCAUUCUGGUCAAUGGAGCUGCAAUGGGCCAGUUGUUCAAUCCAGCAUAUGUAUUUCUCAAUGUUCUUGGACUGACAUUGAUAGCAAAGCUCCAAGCAGAGCAAUAUAUUCGGAGAUCUGGCAUCAAUUACACAAUAAUAAGGCCUGGUGGGCUAAAAAACGAUCCACCUCAAGGAAACAUUGUAAUGGAACAAGAGGAUACCCUUUACGAAGGCUCAAUAUCUAGAGAUCAGGUAGCUGAAGUAGCAGUUGAGGCAUUACUCCAUCCAGAAUCUCAUUACAAAGUCGUGGAGAUAGUAGCUCGUACUGAAGCCCCUAAACGUUCAUUCAAGGAACUAUUUGGUUCCAUUAAACAGCAGUAGCUUGUCAAGAUGAUGUUUUCUGUCAAUGUUUAUACACAUGAUUUAUAAAUAUAGUUACUCAAAGACCACAAUGCAACAAAUUUAUAUUGCAACAUCCUUCUCUGCAAUCUUGUAACAAUGGAAGUGAAUGAUUAAAAGAGAGCUUAUUGGCCCCUUUUUU